GAAAGGAGACUCAAACCAGAGCCAAGCAACUACAUUUGCUCAAAUUUUAAUGGAGCAAAUUAAGAAAGGCCAGAGGUUGAUAUUCUUCCCAUUACCGUUUCAAGGCCAUAUAAACCCUAUGCUCGAGCUAGCUAACGUUCUAUACUUCAGAGGCUUCUCCAUAACCAUCAUCCACACCAACUUCAACUCUCUCAACCCUUCAACCCAUCCUCACUUCACCUUCCAUUCAAUCCCUGAUGGCCUAUCUGAAACUGAAACCUCCACAAACAAUCCCCUCCUCCUUCUUUCUUGUCUAAAUGCGCACUGCUGUGAUCCAUUCCGAAACUGCCUGGCUAACUUGUUAUCUGAUGAUGGUUCAGAGGAGCCUAUUGCUUGCUUAAUCACUGACCCUCUCUUUGACUUCACUCGAUCUGUUGCUAAGAGCCUUAAACUUCCAAGGAUGCUGCUAAGAACAGGAGGUGCCUCAUCAACUAUUGUUUAUGCCGCAUUUCCACUUCUGUGGGAAAAGGGUUACCUCCCAAAACAAGAAUCUCAACUAGAAGAGCCAGUAGUAGAGCUGUCACCACUCAAAGUGAAAGACCUUCCAAUGAUGAACUCUUGUGACCCACAGAGAUAUUAUCAAUUUAUAACCGAAAUGGUAAAUGAAAUGAAGAACUCAGAUGGAAUUAUUUUCAAUACUUCUGAAGAUCUUGAAGAACAAGCACUAAUUACAAUCCGACAAGAAUUUCACAUCCCAAUUUUCCCAAUAGGCCCAUUUCACAAAUGGUUCCCAACCUCCUCCUCAAAUAGUUUAUUAUCAGAGGAUGAUAGUUGCAUUUCAUGGCUAAACACUAAAGCACCAAAAUCUGUUGUCUACGUCAGCUUUGGGAGCAUUGCUGCAAUAAAUGAAGCUCAAUUUUUGGAAAUAGCUUGGGGACUAGCCAACACCAAUCAGCCCUUCUUAUGGGUGGUUCGACCUGGAUUAAUCCAAGGCUCUGAAUGGCUCGAAAAAUUACCACAAGGGUACCUGGAGGCUUUAAAUGAGAAGGGUCACACUGUGAAAUGGGCACCACAGAAAAAGGUGCUGGCUCAUCCAGCUGUGGGACUGUUCUGGACUCACAAUGGGUGGAAUUCAACUUUGGAGAGUAUAUCUGAGGGGGUGCCUAUGGUCUGUAUGCCAAAUUUCACCGAUCAAAUGGUAAAUGCAAGAUAUGUAACUGAUGUUUGGAGAGUUGGGUUGCAGUUAGAGAACGGGAUCGAGAGAGGCGAAAUUGAAAAAACAAUUCGAGAACUAAUAGCAGAGAAAGAAGGAGAAGAGAUCAAAGACAACAUGUCAAAGCUUAAGGAGAAGACAAAUCUUUCGCUCAGAGAAGGUGGCUCUUCAUACCAAUCUUUGAAUGGCUUGGUUAACCAUAUUUUAUCAUUAUAAAGUCACUGACUGAUCAAAGUGUGUCUGUAGCAUAUCAUCUAUAGGCCAAACAGAUAAAACAGAAGAAAAGUAUAAUACAUCAAACUGUGGUUAGAUCUACUCCAGUAUUUAUAUGUAAUUCUAUCAAGUUUAUAAAGCUUACUGUUCUAAUUCA